AUGUCGAAUCAGAAUUUCAAUAGCAAAGGCCACAAAAUAUACUCGGUCUCACGUGUGUACUCAAAUGCAAACGAAAUACGUCCUAGGGAAUAUUGGGAUUACGAAAAUUAUGCAAUUGAGUGGGGCAACAUCAACAACUACGAGAUCAUCCAGAAGAUAGGAAGAGGCAAGUACUCAGAGGUUUUCACAGGUGUAAAUGUCUUAAAUGAUGGUGAGUGUGUUAUUAAAGUGUUGAAACCGGUUAAAAUCAAGAAAAUACACCGCGAGAUUAAAAUCCUCAAGAAUCUAACAGGGGGACCAAAUAUCGUUCGAUUAUUUGAUGUGGUGCGGGACUCCGCCUCAAAGAUACCGGCGUUGGUGUUUGAGAAGGUGAACAAUGUUGAUUUCAGAGUGUUGUAUUCGAAAUUUACUAUAGAUGAUAUCAAGUUUUACUUCACUCAGCUUUUGAAGGCCCUAGAUUAUUCACACUCUAUGGGAAUCAUACACAGAGAUGUCAAGCCACAGAAUGUUAUGAUUGAUCCAGAGCGUCGGCAGCUCAAGUUGAUCGACUGGGGUUUGGCCGAUUUCUAUCACCCAGGUACCGAUUUCAAUGUUAGAGUUGCAUCGAGAUACCAUAAGGGUCCAGAACUUUUGGUCAAUCUACGCCAGUAUGAUUAUUCCUUGGAUCUUUGGGCAGUUGGCGCAAUGAUAGCUGCUAUUGUCUUUAAGAGGGAGCCAUUUUUCAAAGGGAAGUCGAACAGUGAUCAGCUUGUGAAAAUAGCGAAGGUUUUAGGUACGGAGGACUUGAUGAAGUACUUGCAAAAGUAUAACCUUACUCUUUCGUCAGAGUACGAUGACAUACUAGGAGAGUAUCCUCGUAAACCAUGGUCGUCGUUUGUCAAUGAUGGUAACAGAUACCUUAGCGGAAGUCCGUAUGUGAUUGAUCUAAUUGAUCACCUACUAAGGUAUGAUCACCAGGAGCGUCUUACAGCUAAAGAGGCUCUGAACCAUCCAUUCUUUAAGUCUUGA